UGGCGACGGCAGGGCGGAAUGCGGUCAGCGCGGCUUUCCAGACGACUCGGCCACUCCGCAGUUCCCGGCUCGGGGCUUCACACCCGCGUGAGGGGAAUGUGCUCGCCGUGCGCCGCUUUGCUCGUCUCUGGCCGCCCCGAGCUGAGCUGAGCGCCCACCAUGAACUCCAUCAGCCUGCUGACCAACCCGUACGCCAUCGAGGUCCUGCAGAGCAAGAAGAAGGACCUGGUGGAGGGCAUCGGCGACACGGAGCGGCUGCUCAACUUCCUCAUCGACCACGGCGUCCUGCCGCCAGAGAAGAGGCUCCUGCUGUCCGGUUACAGAAGCCGCCACGAGCGCAACUCCAGGGUGCUGGACACGCUGGUGUCCCAAGGCGAGAGGGCCUGCCGCCUCUUCUUCUACCCGUGUCUGAAGCUGGUCGAGCCGGCGCUCUACUACGCCAUCAGAGACCACGUCAGUCAGGUCAAUGAGAGCGUCCGCGAUGCCAGGAGGCAGCUGGUGGGCUACCUUCUGGAAAAGGACAAAGAGCCCCCCCCCAAACUUGAGGCCAGUCCCCCCCAGAAGAAGAGGUCAAAGUCAUCCAUCCAGUCGCCACCUGUUAAGCGGGCAGUGAAGGAGCCCCCUGCAGUCAGCCACCAGUCUGCCAACCCUUUUGAUGCGGCAGCCGCAGGAGACUUGGCAUCCCUCGAGAAAGCCCUGCAGGACAGAGAUGUUCACGCCACCAACAGCUCCGGGGAGACCCUCUUGCACAUUGCAGCGGCACGGGGUCACCUGGCGGCCGUCCAGCUCCUUCUAAGUCGGGGUGCCCGGCUCGAUGCCAGGGACGGUCAAGGCAGGACAGCACUGCACAGGGCAGCCGAGAGUGGGAAUGAGCCGGUGGUCCGGGCGCUCCUGGCAGUGGGGGCUGACAUGUACGCGCUGGACAAGGAGUCCAAGACCCCGCUGCACCUGGCCGCUCACAAAAAGCACCUGGGGGUCAUCAAGACGAUGGUGAAGGAGGAAGGCAAGCGGCCGGGCAGGCGCAAAGCGUUCCUACACCUGGCAGCCCUUCGCGAUGACAGCAGCCUGGCACAGCUCCUCCUGAAGCAGGGCGCCAUGCUGGACACCGAGGAUGAGAAGAGGCAGACGGCGCUGCUGCUGGCCAUCGCUGCUGGCUUCGAGAGGACCACCAAAGUGUUGUUGGAGGCUGGCGCUCGGGUCGAUGACCGCAUUGUGGAUGCCGCCUUCAAUACCAACAGCCAGGCCAUUUUUGGACUGAUCCUGCGCCAUGCCAAAGGCCUGUCCCCUGACGCCAUGCAGUCGGCACUUUUUAAAGCUGUCCAGGGCAACCUGCAAGGCAUCAUCGGUGCCCUGAUUGACCGCGGUGUGGACGUGAAUGCCCGCAACAACAUGCAGUACACGCCUUUGCUGCUGGCCGCCGAACUGGGCAACGCCGAAGCUGCCAGGACGCUAAUUUCAAAAAAGGCGGGCAUAGAGGAAAAGCUGCCCAGCCUGCUCACACCACUGCACCUGGCAGUUCAAGGUGGGCACAUAUCCCUGGCCGCGCUGCUCUUGGAGAAGGGUGCAGGCAUCGAUGCCCUCGGCCCGGGAGACCAGACUCCGCUGCACAUGGCCGCAUUCCAUAACAGGCCACAGCUGGCUGAGCUGCUCCUCAAAAUGGGGGCCAAGGUGGACGCGCUGACCAAAGAGGCGUUGACCCCUCUGCACAUUGCCAGUCAGCGAGGCCACACCAGUGUGGCACAGCACCUGAUUGCAGCCAAGGCCAACGUCAAUGCCAAGGACAAGCAUUCCAGUUGCCCUCUGCACCUGGCAGCCUCCGGUGGGCAAUCUGCCAUGGUGCAGCUGCUCCUCAAGAACCAAGCAGACCCCAACGCUGUGAACAAGGAAAAGAAGAUGCCCCUGCACAUGGCUGCCACCGCGGGGCACCCUGAAGUGGUGUCCCUGCUGCUGACCAGUAAGGCCAGGCCUGGAGCCAAGGACAUGGAUGGCUGCACCCCGCUCCACUAUGCCACCUCCAAGGGACACGUCGCUGCCACUACGGCGCUGCUGAAUGCCACCCAAAACAAGAAUGUGGACGAGAGGAACGUAUGGCGCAGGACCGCCCUGCAUCUGGCAGCAGAACACGGGCACGAGGGUCUCAUCGACCUGCUGCUGGAGCGGGGGGCCGCUAUCAACAGCCUGGACAACAACAAAGACACGCCGCUGCACUGCGCCAGCAGGGGUGGCCAUUACUCGACCGUCCAGAGGCUGGUCAGCUGGACCCGGGGGGAGAAGGCCAACCUGCAGGCCACCAACAGCGUCAAGAAGACCCCUCUGCAGGUGGCCGAGAGCGAGAAGACGACGAGCCACCAGAACAUCGCCAGCCUCCUGAAGAAGAAGAUGUUCCUCACCAAGUAACGAGAGGAGCCACCUUGGAAAAAAAAGGGGUGCAGUGCUUUGAAAGUGGUGGGCACACUUGGCAUCAGGACUACUCACAGAGGACAGAAAGCUGGUCAGGUGAGGCGUGACGGGAAGUUUCAGUGUGGCACACUGCGCUCAUGGAGAGAAGUGGGCAUCUGAGAUGAAUUGUGCAUCCUGGCACCCGUGAGGCAAAGGUGCCACCGCUGUGACAUUUAAAUGGCUCCACUGUUACUAGACACUGUUUGAUUUGAUUUGCAGCCUGGCAUCAGUAAUGAGGUGCCAGGCAUGGAGGAAUAAAGAGUCACCACGGGAAGACAACAUGGGUGGGAGGGACUGGGAGGUGGGCAAAGCUACCUCCAUGCUUGGCAUUGCCGCUCUAAAUUAAUUAACAAUGUAGUUUAUUAAAUAAAGAGUUUAAAAAUAUUAAAAAUGAUCAUCUGUG